AAACAAUCACAGUCAUGAAGGUUCUGUUGAUCGUCGCCUUGGCACUGGUCGCCCUGGCCGCCGCCCGACCCUCCGACGUGAUCGACAUCGAGCAGGACCACAUGGAGCACGAGCAGGAGGGCGUGCCGGGAACGGCCGUGGAGGGCGAGUACUCGUGGGUAGCGCCCGACGGCAACGAGUACCAUGUCAAGUACGUCGCCGACCGCUUCGGUUACCGAGUCGUCGAGGACAACGUCCUUCCGGAGUUCCGCGACGCCAAGCCCACCGGCGAAGCAGAGGAGGACGACUAAUGCCAUGCUUUGGAUUGUGAAAUACUUAAGUCAUAUGCUUCCAAGCUCAAUCAAAAGAAUGUAGAUACUGUAUCCGCGAGAGGAAAACUCUUAUAAUAAAUAUCUUACG